AUGGCUUCAAAUAAACGUCAUUUGGAUACUCAACGCCCGACUUCGAGUAAACAGCCUCGAAUCAACGUGACUGAUCAACAGUUUGAGAGUUUGGUCAUGGAAACCCUUGCCUUUUCGGAGUCUGAUGAUUCUUCAGCUGAUGAGGAUGACAUCCUGCCACAGGAGGCUGAAGUAGACUCCUCAUCGGAUAGCGAUGACAAUAUCCCCUUAGCAGAACUACAGAGUGAAACGGGUAUAGAAGAAGCCGUUCCUUACUCAGACUCUGAUGAACCUACGACAUCACAGGAAUCCACAAGAAAAUAUUAUUACGGAAAACGAAGAUGUAUGAAGUGGGCAAAAGACCCUCCGUCUAGAAAUCGGCGUACUCCCGCUCAUAACAUCGUAAUACCAAUGGCUAGUGUGAACGUCCCGGCAGAAAGUGAACCAGUAAGUUUAUUCAAUUUGUUUCUUAGUCCAAAUAUAAAGAACAAAAUUAUACUCCACACAAACGAAAGACUCGAGAUAUUGAGGCAGAAAUACAAAAGGACAAACAAACCUGAAUUGAGAGAUAUAGAUGAGAUUGAAUUUGAUGCUUUUUUAGGUAUGUUGUUGUUCAGUGCAGCUUUCAAAUCAAAUGAUGAAGAUGUGAAUGCCAUAUUUGCAACUGAUGGUACAGGAAGAGACAUUUUUAGAGCAGUAAUGUCUAAGGAUAGAUUUCAAAUGAUUUUGAUCGCUCUUCGGUUCGAUGACUUUUCAACUAGAGAUGAAAGAAAAUUGGCUAACGUAGCUGCUGCUGUAUCCGAAAUAUUUGAAAUAUUCGUUUCCAACUGUCAAAAAUAUUAUAGGUUGGGUGAUAAUACAACAAUUGACGAAAUGCUUGUAUCAUUUAGAGGACGUUGUCGUUGGAAGAAAUAUAUGCCAAACAAACCAUGCAAGUACGGGUUAGAGAUAAAAUGUUUGACUGACGGAAGAACAGGAUAUUUGUAUAAUGCUUACUUAUAUACUGGAAUGAACAGUGAUGGCUUGGGUCUCUCUGAAACGGAAAAGAAAUUGCUUUUACCGAGUCAAUGUGUUGUGCGUUUGUCGAAACCGAUCCAGAAUACCAAUCGUAACAUUACUGCAGAUAACUAUUUCUCAUCUAUUGAGAUUUGUUGUGAACUGAAAAAAGUCGGGCUUACUUACGUGGGUACUGUAAAAAAAAACAAACGAGAAAUCCCGUUAGAGUUUCUCCAAAAGAAUCGCACUGUCAAGUCAACUAUGUACGGCUUUACUAAGGACAUAACUUUACUGUCGUAUGUACCUAAAAGAAAUAAAACAGUAAUCAUGGUGUCUACUAUGCAUCAUGAUCAGGCCAUGGAUGUUCAAAAAGAAAUUCCGGAGAUCAUUUCAUUUUACAACACUUCAAAAGGCGGCAUAGAUUCGUUGGAUGAAAAAUGCGCUAAAUAUUCUUGCUCCAGGCGCACCAGACGUUGGCCAAUGGUUAUUUUCUACAGAAUAGUAGACAUUGCUGCAGUAAAUGCCUUCAUUCUGUCAAACUACAAAGCAGAAGACCGACUAAUUUUCAUGAAAAAUGCUGCAAAAAGUUUAGUUCGUGGGCAACUAGAAAGGCGCAUAAUAAUUCCACAACUUUCCUUGGAACUCAAAGGGUUACUCACACGCAUUUUGGGUACAGCUGCGAUACCUCGAACAGAGGAAGAAUCUGAAAAUUGUCGGCUGAACGUUCGUAAGAACUGUCAUUUAUGUUAUAAACAAAAACAUAGAAAAACCUCGGUCGUAUGUCAUGUUUGUAAGAAACCCGUAUGUUUGCAGUGCUCAAAACCGGCUUGUAACACAUGUCGUUAA